AUAGAGGAACUAUCGCAUCUCAGUUGAUCAUAUAUCGGAGCCGGGAACUUCCUGUACUCGAAGAACAAAUUUCAAAAAACAAGCUCCUGUUUUUGUAGCAUCGAAUAAAGAUCUUUAGCAAUGUCUGAGAAAAUCCGUAUCAACAGCCCUAAUGUGCACUACACUGAGAAGUUGAUCGAGUCCCGGUACUCCUACCAGAGCUCCUCGGUGACCCGGAACGGAGGCAUAUACACGGUGACACCCAACAGUACAGAGUUGACAUUCCGUACAGAGCGUCAUGUGCCCAAGCUUGGUGUCAUGCUCGUGGGCUGGGGUGGAAACAACGGAAGCACCGUCACUGCCGCUGUGCUGGCCAAUAAACUUGGCCUGACCUGGAAAACUAAGACUGGCAUCAAGAGCGCCAAUUACUAUGGUUCAUUGCUGGAGUCCUCCACCGUGUCUCUGGGCUCAGGACCAACAGGGGAGAUCUUUGUGCCUUUCAGAGAACUGCUACCAAUGGUGCACCCUAAUGACAUUGUAUUUGAUGGUUGGGAUAUCUCCUCUAUGGAUCUUGGUUGUGCCAUGGAACGUGCUCAGGUUCUGGACUGGAACCUUCAGGAGAUGCUGCGCCCCCACAUGAGCCAGCUCAAACCAAGGCCUUCCAUUUACAUCCCAGAUUUCAUUGCUGCCAACCAGGAGCAAAGGGCUGACAAUGUCCUCACGGGCACCAUGACCGAGCAGAUGGAACAAAUCCGCAGAGAUAUCCGUGACUUCAAGGUUAAGAGCAGCGUGGACAAAGUCAUAGUGCUGUGGACGGCAAACACAGAGAGAUUCUCAGAUGUCGUGACUGGUGUCAAUGACACUGCCAAGAACCUACUUGCUACCAUCCAGAGAGGAGGAGAAGUAUCUCCAUCCACCCUGUUUGCAGUGGCUAGUAUUCUGGAGGGCUGUGCCUACAUCAAUGGCUCCCCUCAGAAUACCUUCGUACCUGGAGCUAUAGAACUGGCCAUUCAGCAAGGGGUGUUCAUCGGAGGAGACGACUUCAAAUCAGGCCAGACGAAACUGAAGUCCGUUCUGGUGGAUUUCUUAGUCAGUGCAGGAAUUAAGCCAACCUCCAUUGUGAGUUACAAUCACUUGGGAAACAACGAUGGCAUGAACCUUUCUGCCCCACAGCAGUUCCGAUCGAAAGAGAUCUCCAAAAGCAAUGUGGUGGACGACAUGGUGGAAUCCAAUCCAGUGCUGUACAAGCCUGGAGAGAAACCCGACCACUGUGUGGUCAUUAAGUACGUUCCCUAUGUGGGGGACAGCAAACGAGCAAUGGAUGAGUACACAUCUGAGAUCAUGAUGGGUGGCACAAACACAAUUGCUCUCCACAACACGUGCGAGGACUCACUGCUGGCCAGUCCCAUCAUUCUGGACCUGGUCAUUCUGACUGAGCUGUGUCAGCGAAUCACCUUCCGCACAGAGCAGGACUCGUCCUUCCAGUCCUUCCACAGUGUCCUGUCUCUACUCAGCUUCCUCUGCAAGGCCCCACUUAUGCCGCCCAAGGCACCAGUGGUCAACGCCUUCUUCCGCCAGCGAGCCUGCAUCGAAAAUGUCAUGAGGGCUUGCCUUGGUCUUCCCCCUCAGAACCACAUGCAGCUCGAGUACAAGAUGCAGAAAAGCUUCAAGGUCUGCCAAGAAAAGAAGUUUUGCAGCACUGUAACUGCGAAAGAGAACGUCAUCACCAAAUCGUACCACUGCAUUGAGUGUAAUGGAGCCAGUGACCAAAAGACUGUUGACAGAUAAAACAAAAUCAUUCCAUGACUGAGCGUUGAUCACUCCGUCAAACAGAAAACAGAAGUUCUUGCUUUGUGUGAAUCCUCCGAGACUAUUAAAACCUCAUGAUGUCUUAAAUACCAACAGUUUUGGAAAUGGGUUCCUUUGUGGAUUGAUACAACGCUAGUCAAAAUGGGAGAAUAACAGUUACUGAUGUUGAUAGUUUAUUUUUCUCUAACCUUGAAACAUGACUGUUGUAUAGACGUUUGAUACUAAGAUUAACUUAUGUGUGUAUGUAGCAUUUUAAAAAUGCACUUUAUACAAUUGAUGACUGCACUAACAUUAAGGUUCCAUCUAGGUCUUUUUAGGGUUAUUCCAUUUGUUCCUCCAGGUUUUUGAGAACUCUACACUCGAGGGUACAAGGAGAGUCUAGAACCCUUAAACACCCAACGGACCCUUUCGGAAUCAUUUAGGGACCACGACUAUAUUGAUGUGUCAUUGUAAUAUAUCAUUUUGAUCUGAUUAUAUUUUGUGGGUUUAGAAGCAGAACAAAUGUUAUGUAACUGCAAAAGUGCACAUAAACAGCAAAAUGCACACGUAAUGGACAAUGUUGUUCUUGACUUGUAUUUUAGUGUAAUUUCAGAAAAUGUAAGGGCUUUGUGAGGUCAAAAUAAAUAUCUUGGUUUCAAAAAAUAAGAAA